ACACACUACAUAUAAGCUAAAAAGUGUACAUCUCCCUUCCACUGUUCCACACCUCCGCUAGUCCCCUCCCUCGUUCGUAUGUGCAACAUCAAAACAAUUAAUCUCAUCCACGAUCGAACAUCGAUCACACCAUGUCCGGCUCCUCUCUCACCUUCCUCCUCUCCUUCUUCACCUUACUCUCCGUCGCCAUCGCCGCCGCCGACAACAACAACACCACCGGCUACAACACCUUCGUAUACAGCGGCUGCUCCACGCAACACUACACAUCAGGCUCAUCAUACGAGAGCUACGUGGACUCGAUCCUCGCGUCGAUCUCCGCCGCCGCUGCGGCGUCCUCCUUCGCAAACUUCACGUCCCCAGGCGCCGUGUCGGGCCUCUACCAAUGCCGCGCCGACCUCCCUGCCUCCGCCUGCGCCUCCUGCGUCCGCUCGGCCCUCUCGCAGCUCGCCUCUCUCUGCCCCUCCGCCGCCGGCGCCGCCGUGCAGCUCCGCGCCUGCUUCCUCCGCUACGGCAACCACUCCUUCCUCGGCAAACCCGACACGUCCCUCCUCUUCAAGAAGUGCGGCGCCGCGAUCGGCGCCGGAAUUGGCGGUGGCGGCGAUGUUGAUGCGGCGUUGGAGGCGGUGACGGAGGGCGGGGGGGAGUACAGGGUGGGCGGGGCGGGGAGGGUGCAGGCUGUAGCGCAGUGCGUCGGCGACCUGAUUGCGGAGGAGUGUGGGGAGUGCGUGAAGGCGGCGGUGGAGCAGCUGGAGAGUGAGUGCGGGGCGGCGGCAGAGGAGGGGGAGGCAUAUCUCGGCAAGUGCUACGUACGGUAUUGGUCCGAUGAAGAAGGAGGCGGUGGUGGCAGCAGUGGCGGUGGCGGUGGCAUUGGAGGCGGAGGCAGUGGCGGUGGCAUUGGUGGCGGUGGCAUUGGAGGUGGAGGCGGUGGCAGUGGCAUUGGAGGCGGAGGCGGUGGUGGUGGCAUUGGUGGUGGUGGCAUUGGCAUUGGUGGCGGUGGCAUUGGAGGCGGUGGCGGUGGCAUUGGUGGCAAUGGCGGCAUUGGCGGUGGCAGUGGCAUUGGGGGCGGAGGCGGUGGUGGUGGCAUUGGUGGUGGUGGCAUUGGCAUUGGUGGCGGUGGCAUUGGAGGCGGUGGCGGUGGCAUUGGUGGCAAUGGCGGCAUUGGCGGUGGCAGUGGCAUUGGGGGNGCGGCGGCGGCGGCGGCAUCGGGGGCGACGGCAUCGGCGGCGGUGGCGGCAUUGGCGGCGGCGGUCAAGACGCAUGGAUAUUCUGGAGAUCAGAGCGAGAAAAUUGCGGCGAUCAUCGUCGGGAUUAUUGUCGGCAUCGCCCUCUUAAUCGGUUUCUUUUCCUUCAUGAGGAGAGCCGGGCGAGGCAAAUAA